GAGGGAGAGGCGGGCGGCGGGAGCCUUCCCUCCUUCCCUCCCUCCCUCCUCCCGCAUGCCCUUCCUCGCCGCCCCCUCACCUCCGGAGGAGCGCUCCCGCAGCAGGCAGGUCGCUGCCCCGGCACGGGCGGGCUCCGGCCGCCUCGGCAGGUGGCUUGGAUACACAUUUUUCUGGGAUGUGCUCAUUUGGCCUGCAUAACCUCAUGAAAAUGUUACCAUUUAAACAUAAUGACUCUUUUCUUCCCUGGCUUCCUGUUCCCUUUCCUUGUGAAGUGGUAUUUCCCCCUGUUGGCCUUUGUAUGUGGACCACCCUCUGGCAUCCUGUUCAGCCCAUUUAGAUUUUGACUUAAAUGUAGUGAGUUAAAAGUUAAUUUUCCCCUGGAAAAGAAGAAGUAACAAGGAGUGCUACACAUUGCAGCCCAUCUACAAGGAGGAAGAAGCCAAGCAGCAUUACCAGAGUAUAUGCUCUUAGUCCGGAGUGUGAAGCUGAUGGGUGGGAGCAAAGGUAAAGAAUGAUGUAAUGCAGCAGCAGCCAGAAAGCAUCUUUUAUUUGAGUUGUGAAAUGGCUGCUCCGUAGUCAUCUCCCGAUGAAUCAGAUGUGAGGGGCUGCUUUGUGGAGCAAAGCCUUUGUACCGGCACCCCAACUGGAAGCAGGAGGAGACAUUCCGCUGAAGAGCUCUUUCUGAAAAUGGGUUUAACUUUUCUUUUGCCAGUCGCCACCAGCAUGACCUCACACCCUUCCAGUACAAUGGUGUGGCUAAGCCUUUGAGUACACAGCCAUUACAUCAUCGCAGCCAAUUAGAGCGGGAGGUGGUGAAAGAGGCCUCAUUGUUGUCAUGGCCGAUGAGAUGAUCAGGACUCAACUCAUCGUCGCCGAGAAGUUGGUGGCUUUGCUGGAGAGCGGUGUGGAGACCUUGCUGCUGAUUGACAGCCGCCCCUUUGUGGAAUACAAUACAUCCCACGUCUUGGAUGCCAUCAACAUCAACUGCUCCAAGCUCAUGAAGCGGAGGCUGCAGCAGGACAAAGUGUUGAUCACAGAGCUCAUUCAGCACUCGGCGAAACAUAAGAUUGAAAUUGAUUGCAAGCAGGAAGUGGUGGUGUAUGACCAAAGCUCUAAAGAUGUGACCUCUCUCUCAUCUGACUGCUUUCUUACUGUGCUCCUGGGCAAACUGGAGAAGAAUUUCAGCUCUGUGUACCUGCUUUCAGGUGGAUUUGCUGAGUUCUCCAGCUCUUUCCCUGGUCUCUGUGAAGGAAAAUCCACGCUCGUCCCUACUUGCAUUUCUCAGCCCUGCCUACCUGUCUCCAACAUUGGCCCCACCAGAAUCCUGCCUCAUCUCUAUCUUGGCUGUCAACGGGAUGUUCUCAACAAGGAGCUGAUGCAGCAGAAUGACAUUGGCUAUGUUCUAAAUGCCAGCAAUACCUGUCCAAAGCCAGAUUUUAUCCCAGAAUCCCAUUUCCUGAGAGUGCCUGUGAACGACAGCUUUUGUGAGAAAAUUUUGCCUUGGUUGGAUAAAUCAGUUGAUUUUAUAGAAAAAGCAAAAGCAUCAAAUGGCCACGUGUUAGUGCACUGUUUAGCUGGAAUAUCUCGCUCUGCCACAAUCGCUAUUGCAUAUAUCAUGAAGAGAAUGGAUAUGUCCUUAGAUGAAGCUUACAGAUUUGUGAAAGAAAAAAGGCCGACCAUUUCUCCCAACUUCAACUUUCUGGGCCAGCUUUUGGACUUUGAGAAGAAGAUCAAGAACCAGAGCGGGCAGCCUGGACAUAUCAGUAAGCUGAAACUCCUGCAUUUGGAAAAAAGCAGCGAGCACGUGCUGGUCGCGGAAGGCGGGCAGAGCAGCCUCUCCACGAACCAGCUCUGCCUCACCGCUGCCUCCGAGCUGGCGGAACAGCCGAUGGACUGCGGCAGCGCGCCUCGGGGGCACCUGUCCCCUCUGGAGGAUGGCCCACUGGUGCAGGGCAUCAACGGGCUGCACGUCUCCCUAGACAAGGUGGAGGACAGCAACCGGCUGAAGCGCUCCUUUUCCUUGGACAUCAAAUCCGUGCCCUACUCGGCAAGUAGCACCUGCGUGACUGCAGCGGUGCAGGGCUUCGCCUCCUCGGAAGACACCCUGGAAUACUACAGACACGCGGCGGCUUUGGAGGGCAGCAGCAAGUUGUGUCAGUUCUCCCCCGUCCAGGAGGUCUCGGAGCAGAGCCCAGAAAGCAGCCCUGACAAAGAGGAAGCCAACCCUGCCGAGGCGCCCCGGAACACCUGGCAGCUGGAUGGCCAGAGCAAGCGGCAGCACCUGGGGAGAGCCAGCGGCAGUGCACCCGCCCAGGGCUCGCUCCUCUCCCCGCUCCACCGCAGCGGCAGCGUGGAGGACAACUACCGGACCAGCUUCUUGUUUGGCCUCUCCACUAGCCAGCAGCACCUGGCCAAGUCCGCCGCCGCCGGGCUGGGCCUGAAAGGCUGGCACUCGGACAUCUUGGCCCCGCAGACGUCGGCCACCUCCCUGACCAACAGCUGGUAUUUCGCCGCCGAGUCCUCGCGUUUCUACUCGGCCUCGACCAUCUACGGGAGCAGCGCGGGCUGCCCGGGCUGCAGCUGCAGCCAGCUGCCCGCCGGCUGUGAGCAGGCCUGCGCCGUGCGCCGGAGGGCCAAGCCGGCCGACCGCGGGGACUCCCGGCGCAGCUGGCACGAGGAGAGCUCCUUUGAAAAGCAGUUCAAGCGCAGGAGCUGCCAGAUGGAGUUUGGGGAGAGCAUCAUGUCGGACAACAGAUCCAGAGAGGAGCUGGGGAAAGUAGGCAGUCAGUCCAGCUUUUCGGGCAGCAUGGAAAUCAUUGAAGUGUCUUGAGGGGCAGCAGGCUGGGGUGACUGUACGGGAAGCGCUUCCCCCUCCGGGCUGCUCCCCCAGCAUUGGAGAGGUCCCUGUAAAUCUGAAAAGAACAAACUUUGUGUAGAAAGGUGGCGGGGGGAGGGAAGAGAUGGGAGGCUUCACCUGUGAACACAGUGACUAGAUUUAAUACGGCAAAGAAACGACAAGUGAGCAUCUGCCUGAGGAAACCCAAGUGUUGUCACUGGGUACACUUUUUCUCCUCCCCUUUCCCAGAGAAGGGCAGAACAUUGCAAAGCUCUUUCCCUGACAGAGGAAGAAAUUAUAUGCAAUGGAUUGCACAUCCUUUCAGUGGUUUUUUUUUAAAAGGAAGCUCUCUUGGUAUCAAACCCUUUCUCUAGUUCCACUGAAACAUGUUCCUGCUCAUCAUCAGAGCUAGUUUUGUUCUCCCCUCCUCAAGCCCCACAUCUUCACCAGUGCACCUUAGCCCUGACACUGAGCCAACCUCCGGAGGGAGACCUUUUUCCCGUAAGAAAGGAGACCGGGAAGUGAUUCCAAAGGAUGUAGGGACUGGUUACAGCAAGGCUGGUCUGAACACACAGUUCAGACACAUGUAAAUACUGGUGUACCUAUUGUUCUCAUGGAUAGGAUUGAGGUGAUUCGCUAGAGAGCUGCUUCAGAGAAAAAAACAACAAAACAAAAACACCAACAAAACAAACAAUAAACCCAGUACCUCAAAAACAUAAAUUAGGGCUUUAUGGCUGCCAGAUGCUGGUAGUCAGUUCAUAAGCAAUGUGAACAAGCAAUGACUAGCCACAUUUGAUUUUAAUUUUAUUUUUUUUUAAAGCUGUCUACGCACAAGUGUUUCAGUUGGCUCAGCAGCAGUUCUUAAAAAAAGAUGACUGAACCAUACAUGUGAGUCUUUCACCCAGUCUUUUGAAACAUAAGCAGUAUUUGUAUCUUUGGUAUAAAGCUGGCUUCUGGGAGAGGGGUAGCUGUUUUAGUUUCUGAGCUGUAAUGGAGUCAUGAAUACUUAGGGUUAUGUGCAAGAGAAGUGGCUGGUACAACACGCCAUCCUUUUCUUGCCCAUUGACAAUUCAAUAGAUGGCUCUUGAAGACUUUUUGGUUUUUGGGGUUUUUUUUAAACUACAAAGGGGUUGGGAUGGGCUUUUGUCCUUAACUGGGCAGUACCAUUAAGGAACUGCUCUUCAUCUGUGGUUCCAGUGAUGUGUGGGGUGGGGGCAGUUCAGGUGCUUGAGGUUUUUUCUCCAUCCCAACAUCCUCACCCAAACUGUAGGGACUCAAAGGUAGAAGCUUCUCGUGGUUUGCUGACCUCAUCUGAGAAAAAAAAAGGUGUCUCCAAGGAAAACAGAAGUGGACCUCCAGUGUUCCAUCUUACAGCCUGGUGUGAAAGAAAGGGGGUUUGUGAUGACAGCUUUGCUGGGAAGCCUUGCUCACCUCCUGCACUUGCAGCUCCAAAGGACCCUGAUCCUGGCCCACGUUCUCUGUCCCAGCGCAGGGCCUUGGUUUCCUAGCAUAGCAGUGCAUGAUUUGGCUGCAGACACUUGCUGCUGGCUGGUACUGCGUCCUUACCUUCACCACCCCAGGGAACAUGCCAGCUCCAGGCGGUAUCACUUCCCUGCUGCCUGUUUCAUGGGCAAUCAGGUGCAGCCCUUCUCAUGUUGGGUUUGACAGUGAAGCAGCUGCUGCUCCCUCCAGCUCACCUUGCAGGCUGUGCCUCAGCUGCCACUUUGCAAGUUGGUUUACAUGCUCAUGUUGCUGCUAAAGGGUUGCAGUCAGCAAGGGCACCAGAGGCAAAGCGUGCAGCUUCACCCUUCCUGCUCUGAUGGGCAUGUACACAUGUUCUCUUGGUCUUCCCCAAGACCCCCUCAGACCAGGCAGAUCAGGGGGAGAAACUAUAUUAUUUUGUUCCAUUUCAGUGGAGGCAGCUGAAAAUUGUGAAUCACAUCUAACAAAUACCCCUGGCCAACAGCUUUAAAAAAAAAAAAAAAAGUAUCAGCAGCAAACUGAAGCCCUAAUUCAAGUCAGCAGCUUGGGUUGUUUUGAUUUUGUUUUGUUUUUGUUUUUUUUUUUAACUGUAAGUUUAACUAGUGUGUGACUCAAAUCUCAGGUUUUACUAUAUUGAAAAGUGGAGAAGAUUUUGUCAUUGUUUUGUUUUGUGGCUAGGAUGUGACUUUGAUUUCCUACAGUAGACUGUUGAAAAUAGCACUGAAAGCUACAGCGUUGAUUAACUUGAUUCUAAAAAGUGCAAAAGGCAGAGAGAGGCAGCACCAGGAGUAACUGAACCCAGAGGCUGUGUUUGUGCCGUGUGUAGGAGAUUUUGGAAGAAGGGGUAGUCUGGGUAAGGGACAGGCUGACAGCACACAGGAAAGCAUGUCAGGUCUUGGCUAGCCAUUAAACAUUCUGCCACUUCUGUUUGCAUUAUCAAGUGAAAGCAAUUAGAUUACAACUAUUUUCAGCAUAUGCACACACUCUGUGUGUCUAUCUAUGUGAACAGUUUAGCAGUGCUCCUCUCAGCCUGAUUUCAGUAAAAGCCUGUGUCUGUGACUUAAAUCAGUUAAUUGGGUUUAACACAAGUCAAUCCCUAAAGGCAGACACAGAAUCUUCUUUUGUGCUCCUUCACAGGUGUGUGUUCUCCCCUUCCUGCUAUACAUACAAAUAUGUACAUUAGAGUUUUGUUGGGGUAAUUGCUUUCGGAGGAACUGAAACCUAGGCUUCUGGCUCCUCAUGAUUUCCAAUACGCCAUAGUCAGUGAAUCAAUCAAAGCUGUAGGCUUAGUAUUUUUAGGGGACAGGUUCCUGUAGGAGGAAGCCUUAACCCCAUGUCCUGCACAGGGUGUUGCCUGUCUCCUAUCUGAACUGUGUCCUGUACCUGAACAAUGCUGGAAGUGAUGUGUGGAAAGCAAAGUGGAGGAUGCGAGGGGGGAAAAUGUGUACAUGUUCCAUAUGAAUAUAAUGUUCUUUGGUGUAUGGCAAGCUGUUUAAAUGGUUCAGAGAGGUGUGAGUUUCUCAUCUUGUUGUGUCAUGAGCAUUACCUGUAUGUUAUGAUGAAAUAAAAUCAGAAAUGGUACCUGUUUAUAUAGAAA